AACUUCAGCUCACAGUCCAACCAACCAACCGGGACAACGCAAACACAAUGGACGUCACCGUGGCGAAGCAGCUCAGGCGCCUCCGCACGCUGGGCCGCGGCGCGUCGGGCGCCGUCGUGUGGCUCGCGUCCGACGAUUCCUCCGGCAAGCUCCUGGCCGUCAAGUCCGCCGCCGCGUGCGGCGCGGCGCAGCUGGCGCGCGAGGGCAGCGUGCUCACCGGCCUCUGCUCGCCGCACAUCAUCCCCUGCCUCGGCUCCCGCGCCGCGGAGCACGGCGGGCACCAGCUCCUCCUCGAGUUCGCCCCCGGCGGCUCGCUGGCCGACGAGGCCGCCAGGAACCGCCUCCCGGAGCGCGACAUCCGGGCGUACGCGGGCGACGUCGCGCGCGGGCUGGCCUACCUCCACGCGCGGUCCCUCGUGCACGGCGACGUCAAGGCCCGGAACGUGGUCAUCGGGGCCGACGGCCGCGCCCGGCUGACGGAUUUCGGGUGCGCCAGGGCCGUUGACUCGCCGCUCCCGAUCGGCGGCACGCCCGCGUUCAUGGCCCCCGAGGUGGCCCGCGGGGAGGAGCAGGGCCCCGCCGCCGACGUGUGGGCGCUCGGCUGCACCGUCGUCGAGAUGGCCACCGGCCGCGCGCCCUGGAGCGACCUCACCGACCUCCUCGCCGCCGUCCACCGGAUCGGGUACACGGACGCCGUGCCGGAGGUGCCCGGGUGGCUGUCCCCCGAGGCCAAGGGCUUCCUCGCCGCCUGCUUCGCCAGAGACCCCCACCACCGGUGCACGGCGGCGGACCUCCUGGAUCAUCCGUUCCUCGCUUCCGCCACCGCAGCCCGCGACUACUACUACAGCCCGGAGCCGGCGAAGCAAGAACGGACCACUCCCAAGAGUACGCUGCACGACGCGCUCUGGGACUCGGACGACACCGACGACGAGGCGGACGAGACGUCGACGACGCCCGCCGAGAGGAUCGGGGCAUUGGCGUGCGCCGCCUCGGCCCUGCCGGACUGGGACUCGGACGACCAAGGCUGGAUCCACGUGCACGGAGACGGAAACGACGAGCUCCCCACAGCCCACGACUCGCCGCCCGCCGAUGCUGGUGACUUGGUCUGGGCCGAACCACAAGAAGCAGAGUUUGAACCGUUCGCCGUCGCGGCUGCCGAUGCCAGUAACGGCACCCCGCGCCAUGCAGUAGCAGUUAUCGACGGCGCCGACAUUUGGCGGGACGGUUACCUGUCUCCUGUGCAUUUAGGCAGUUGUAGAAAUCAGUUUCCCGACCCGUUUGAUUCUGACGGGGAUGAAACAGUGUCAUUUCAACGUGAAUGUAACAUAUGCAGAGUAAUGAAAUUAUUUUUUGCUCAAAACUUUGCCUGUCUGCCGAUUCUCUGUGUUCCUAUGGACCGAUCAUGUGAUCUGUCUGCUGAGACUUGA